CGCUGUGUCCUACGGACACAGCUGAUCACGAGAUGUGGUAAAAGGCCGAUCAUACCGGCCUUUUACCACGUGAUCAGCGGUGUCCAAUGACACGCUGAUCACAGGGAAAUGCAAGUGCCGGGCACUGAUGAUCAGUGCCCUGAUGAUCGGUGCCCAGCAGUGCCACCCACAAGUUCCGCCCACCUGUGCCCAGCAGUGCGCCCACUAGCUCCACUAGCUCCGCUCACCUGUGCCCAGUAGUGCACCCACCUGUGCCCAGCAGUGCACCCACCUGUGCC